AUGUGGGGCGCUGCCCUAAUGUUACGGCAGUGUGCCUCGUUCGGAGUUUUGACAAAGAAGAAGGCACUGCGGUCUCAAAACCCUGUGCCUUGGCAUUCAAACUUGGGCUGCCAGUUCUCCCUAGAUAUGGUGACGACCCUGGAGUACGACUACGUGAGGAACUGUAACGACCCCAGAACACUGGAGAAGAUCAUACACGUCCUGCGCUCUGGGGAGGAGGGCAGCUAUCCCCACCUACUCAGAGAGAUGUGCCCCGUGGGGAGCAGAGUCAAUGCUGCUCCCACACUCUCCACAAGCGAGAUGCAGAAGCUUGUGUCUCGAGCACGACAGCUCUACCAGGAGGGCGACUUUCUGCAGGCGUCGCUGCAGUACCAGAAGGUCUUGGAAUGUGACUCCCUCAAUGCAGAGGCUCUCCGGGGCAUGGCGGCCAUCCAGGAAAGGGCCAGAGGUGGCGGGCCUCUCCUUUAGGAGAUAUGACAUCGCUGCUACACGUGUUUGUGUGUUAUCAGACAUAACAGUAAUAUUCAGAGUUGGUGGUGAGGUAUUCAUCAAGGAAUAAUGUGUCUUGAGGUGGAUGUUAGCCUUUGAUAGGACUGGGAAAAUGUGUCUUAAGGUGGGUGUUAGCCUUUGAUAGGCCUGGGAAAAUGUGUCUUAAGGUGGGUGUUAGCUUCUGAUAGGCAGCUCACUGGUGAGCAACCGCUCUUUGUCAUCAUUAUUGUACGAGUAUUUAUUGGGAACCGUUGAGGACCAUACGGCGCCUUGGGAAUGGGAGGCUCUAAAGUUUGUGACAAGGAAGGGAAGGACACUUCCAAGAGCUUUUUUUUUAUCAUCAUCAAGGCACCCCUUCUCCCUAUCUUCAUUAAAGAUUCAGCUGUCGUCCCCUUGCUAGGGAAGGAUUAUUAUUAUUAUUAUUAUUAUUAUUAUUAUAAAAUGAAGCACUAAACCUUAGGAAAGGAGCGAGGAACUGAGGAAGGUACUUGUUGGCGAAACAUUUCCACAAUUAAAUUCCAAAUGUUGCAAAAGUGUUUAAUUCUUCAGCUUAUCCGUUUUCUAAACCAUUUAUCACACAAAAUCGUCAUAUCACAAUGUGAGUUACUUCUUCAUAUCUUCCGAUGCAUUUUAUUAUUUACGAGUAUAGUAGAAGCGGGUAGGUAAGACACAUAGGCAACUUUAUUCCGAAACGUUUCGCCUACACAGUAGGCUUCUUCAGUCGAGUACAGAAAGUAGGCAGGAACAGUAGAGAUGUGAAGACGACGUUAUCAGUCCAUCACCCUUGAAGUCGUAGAUUUGAGGUUGUCAGUCCCUCAGCCUGAGAAGUUCUAUUCCAAAGUCUGGAACUAACUGAAGAUCAAGCGACAGUGUUGAGACUUAAAUACUGUCGGAAGGAGAGGUGCAGAGUAGUAGUAGUGAGAAUGUAGCCACUGAGAGGUCACGUCCCUCUCGGAUCAAACAAUUCUCACAUGAAAAAGUUGUCCAAGGUGUUUUCUCUUCUGUACC